CCGCGCGGCCAGCCCGGCAGAGGCGGCGCCGCCCAGCGGGAUCCGGGCUAAGUCUGGCCGCGCUCCUUUCCACUGAGGUGUGUGUCUCCCCGGCUGCUCCGGGCGGAGGUGGGCCCCUCCAGUGGCCGGCAGUAGCCACUGUGUGUGUGUGUGUGUGGGGGGGAUGCGACAGUCACCGAGAAGCGGCCGCGGAGCUGCUCCCACUCUGCCCACGUGCGGGGACCGGCAGGGGUUUCCCGGAGUUGCGCAUCUGGACUGGGCAGCAGGGAAGGACCCGGGGGUGGCUGGCGAGUCCCCGCGUGCGGAGGGUGCUGAGGCAGGGGCUGCCGGGCAAAGUGCGCGCGCGGGCUGCCGUCCUGGCCACCGCCAAAGCCAUGGCUUCCAAACUCCUGCGCGCGGUCAUCCUCGGGCCGCCCGGCUCUGGCAAGGGCACGGUAUGCGAAAGGAUCGCCCAGAACUUUGGCCUCCAGCAUCUCUCCAGCGGCCACUUGUUGCGGGAGAACCUCAAGACCGGCACCGAAGUUGGUGACGUGGCAAAACAGUACCUAGAAAAAGGUCUUUUGGUUCCAGAUCAUGUGAUCACACGCCUAAUGAUGUCAGAACUGGAGAUGCGGAGUGCCCAGCACUGGUUGUUAGACGGAUUCCCAAGGACAUUAGUGCAGGCAGAAGCCCUGGACAGAAUCUGUGAUGUGGACCUAGUAAUCAGUUUGAAUAUUCCUUUUGAGACACUUAAAGAUCGUCUGAGCCGACGGUGGAUUCACCCUUCUAGCGGGAGGGUCUAUAACCUGGACUUCAACCCACCUCAAGUGCUGGGGAUUGAUGACAUCACUGGUGAGCCACUUGUCCAACAGGAAGAUGAUAAACCUGAAGCACUUGCUGCAAGGCUAAGACGGUACAAGGAUGCGGCAAAACCAGUCAUCGAACUGUACAAGAGCCGUGGAGUGCUCCACCAGUUUUCUGGGACGGAGACUAACAGAAUCUGGCCUUAUGUUUACACACUUUUCUCCAACAAGAUCACACCUAUUCAAUCCAAAGAAGCAUACUGAGCCUGCCAUGGGAAGAACCAAGAAGACAUGGUCGCCCACUCAAUCAUGCGUGUAGUCUUGGUGCCCUGGCCAAAUUAGAAGCCAGCUGAGAUAGCUUGCAGCAUCUUUUCUAGUUUAAGUGAUGAAGUAAUGAGGAAAAUCUAGUAGGUAGAAAGAAUUCAGGAAGAAGGAAACCCUUCUCUGCCUUUGAAAGGGGCUCUGCGGGUGCAUGGCGCCCUUCACAGGAACGCGUAUAGACUGGAUCUCCACCAGUAUUGAGCCACCUGCUAGCUAUCAGAGCCUUUUUGCAUGCAGUGGUGGGCCCUCCGGUUUAUCCCACCUUCCACAGGCUAUGAAACCACGGCACUGUCUGCCUGAGAACUUGAAGGGCUGUGGUCCUGGCUUGCCCAUUGCCAUACGCUCUGACAAUUGACGCUAAUUGCACUCGGUGGUUGCUUUUCUCCGAUGGACGGUCUCUCCCUGGCUCUCAGACAUCCUCCUUUCUAUUGUCUGAAUCUUCUCUGCUUGCUCCCUUCUCGGGGUAUUCAGUCCCAUGAUAGCUUCUGCAUCUACCCUUCUAACUUCCUUUCUGCAAACUGAGAAGUAGGCGACUGUGUUCAGCCUUUCCCUUCUUCCUAGACACUGAUCCAGGUAGAAGGCUUACUUGGUUAAACAGCUGCUCUAUCUUGAGCCCACCCACUCUGUACCUCUUAUUGUUUAAAAAAGAUCCCCCCCAAAGUCUUCAGGGUUCUCAAAAAAAACAAGGGAAAUGCUUACUUAUGGAAAUGUGGGGUGACUGUAUCUUCUAUGUAGAAGUAGUAGUAAUCAUAUGGAAAUCACUGGACUAAUGAGAUGGUUGGGUUCAAGGCAAGAUGAAUAUUGAACAUGCUGCUAAAUAUUAACGCUGUCAGUGUUUUUCUUCUGUGAGUGACUAACCAGACGGUGGGAGGUCUGUAAAGGGAGCAAGCCUCUGAGGGCUUGGAGCAUCUUGCACUAGCUAGACGUAGCACCUGCACUGAGUAAGACAGCUUUACCGUUUUUUGGGAAUGCAGAGUCCUUUUGUUUGUUUUCUUCCUGUUCCAAAGAUGCAGUCUCUAAGUGGCCAUAAAGUCCAGAAAUUAAGAUACUGAGGUUUUAUCAGUCAUUGUGUGUCAAGAAAGCAUUUGUUAAGACUUUCCUUCCUGGAUCCCAGACUUGUUGGCCACCUUGUGAUCAUUUUUACUCUUUUUCUGGGAAGAACAGGGAAAUGUCUUCCCACUGCCUUAAAAAGGUGUCCUGCAUCUGCCUGUCCCCAGGAGGUGGUCCUUUAUUACUGGUGGUGACUUAGUGUGACAUCUCAUAGUCUGUGUGGGGUCAGGGUAUGGGGUGGGCUUAGCACUUUAGUGGAUUGAGACAUUAUUCCAUUCUGAAGGUGUCAUGUGUUCUGUGCUCCUGAGUCUGUCUGCCUCCCUGUACCGCUUGGACUCCUGGGGUUCCUCUCAGUCAUUUGUCACGUGCAUGUUCUGUGGCUGCCUUAGUGGAGAUGUAGGCCAGCCUCCCCACUCAUGUUCUCAUUACAGAGAAGUAAGCUUCCGGAAUGCGGCUGCACGGGGCAGGUGACCAUCUGGGCAGUGUCAUGAUGCUGAGCACCUUGGAAGCUAGCUUCUGGAUGUCACUUGGUAGGGGUUGAGUGAUAAAAGCCCAGGCUUCCUGGAGGAGCAGGUCUGGAGUGGGAAACCCUGAGAUUAUUCCGAGGAACCAAGGGAAGUAGGGAGUUAAAGGGGUUCAGGGUAAUUCCAGAGAGGUGGGGAAACUUCAGACUUCUUUCUUCCCCUCUUAUAGAGUCUGGGGAGAGCAAUAGGGUGUGAGCAGCUCCAUGCCUGCACACUGUUGUUUCUCGAUGCAGUACAAGCUCAUUGGACUACGGUAGCCCCACUGGGACACCAGGGUCAGAAGAGCAGCAAGGGGCAAAAACAUCUUUUCCAAAGUCUUGGGUGAUUUCAUAUCUAUUGGUAUAAAGGUGUUUUCUGCAGCAGGCUUGGCUGCUUUUGUAGAAAUGGUCAUAAAUACUGAAAGUGUCUUGACAAAGGUAGAAUGGAAGGAGCAUCUUUUCCUUCCUCAGGCCACCCAGGGUCAAGGGUCUGGGUGGUCUCUGAGGUUCUGACUUUACAUUCACGGACUCCUCGUUCAGUUUGCUUCCCACAAUCCUCUUGGGAACAACUGCAUCUUUAUUCCUCCAGUAUUUAUGACAAAAAGGUGCUAUGAAGGAGGCCCUCUGAGUGAAGUGCACACUCUCAGGGCCUUUAUAAGCAUUGUGAAUCUUUCCAGGCGCAACCAAUAUUUCCUAUAAACAAGAGUCCAGGAUAUGAAGUCUCGCCCAGGCUCUUCAUAUGAGUAAACAGUAGCGCUUUGAUUCAGUCCCAGGUGUUCCUGCUUCAGAAACCCAUGGCCUUUACAGGAUGUUGUCUGUCUUGACCUAAGCAGCUUGGGGCCAUGAGCCUGCUUAGGUUUGCUUGUGGCCUCAGGGAGAGUGGCUGUGUGAGGGGAUUUCUUUUUAUAUUCUUUGCCUAAGCAGAAGGAGUUCCCAGACACAAGACGCUAAGGCAGGCUGGGUUUAGACCAGGCUAAUUGCCUCAGUUCUAGGUGUCAGGAAGCCAGGAAGCCAUAUGAAGGAAAGCUGACAUCCACAUUAAAAUUAACCAUAGCUGUUAACCCUUAUUUUUGGUGUGGCAAACUGCACAAUUCUUGCCAGAAUAAAUGCCGUCAACUGCCUCAGGGCACUCCUUGGUUUGACUGUUCGGUAUGUGGUUGGGUGGGAGGGAGACAGGCUAAGGAAGCCAUUGCCCAGGACUCCAGACAGUUGUAGGAAGCACAGUGUCUUUCAAUAAAAGGCUCUUGUUUAAAACCUUUGCAGGGGGUACUGCACCUUCUCUCUGGGAUUCGGGAAAAGGGAAGAAAAAUUGAAAACCCCGGGCUUUGUGUGAACCGCAAGAAAUGGUAGGGCUCAAGGCUUCUCUAGUUUUAUGAGAACUUGUACUACUGAAUUUGCGAAUUUUUUUUUUUUUUUUUUUGAGCUGGACUACGUUUUGGGGGGACUACGUUGAGCUAUGAUGGCAUUUCACUGUGAUCCUCCAAGUUCAAGCCAGUCUUUAACUCAGUGUUGGCUUAAGUUUCCCUGGAGCUGACAUGUCAGCUUUUCUUCAGUGACAGUUGGUGUUCCUCUUGAUUUUGGUAUAUGUGCUUAAUUCAGAGUCUGUUCUGUAUAUGCUAUCCUAACUAUUCAUUGUAUUAAUUGAUUUUUUUUGUUUUGUUUUUGUUACCUUGCUUGAAGAUUGAUUUGUAUUGAAUUUGAUAGAAAUAAAUGUUUUUCUGCUUAA